AUGGCCGACAACCCUACCACGCUGACUCCAAUGGCCCCGAGUGUCGUUCUCGGCCUUCCUCAUGUUCAGGGAAAAUGGCCUAGAGACCCCGAGGAGCUUGCUGUGAAUGCCAUCGACAGCGGUGUAUUCAUCAAUGAACUGGCGAGCAUCGAUCUUUUGCCGAAGAGGCUCAAAUCCCUUACUGACAAGGACAAAACUUCUUUUGGUCAAAACCCUGAGAACCUACACUGGAAAGCCCAUGAACAAGGACCGUCUCCAAUUGCCGAAGGGACAUAUCGGGGGACCAAGCUGGCACUUACGAAGGCUUAUGACCUGAUAGAGCAGCGGUAA